AUGGCUGAAGCUGCUGUUAGCGCUACCAUUAAGGUUCUGUUGGGGACGGUUAUUUCCCUUGCCACUGACCGUACUAGUUUGGUUCUUGUGUUCGAAAAGGAUUUGGAGAAAUUAAGCCAAUUUGCUACAAUGAUCCAGGACUUCUUGGAUGAUGCUGACGAAAAAAUGCAUAGGAAAGCGGUGCGGCGAUGGCUGAAUCAGCUUGAAGAAGAGGUUUUUAAAGUGGACAAUGUGCUGGACGAGCUCAACUAUGAAAAACUCCGUCGGGAGGUGAAGUACAGAAAUCAACUCAAGAAGAAGGUAUGCUUCUUCUUCUCGAACUUCAAUACAAUUGGUUUGCGUUUGAAAUUGGCUUCGGAGAUCAGGGAAAUCAACACCAACCUUGAAAGGAUUAAUCGACAAGCCAAUGACAUGGGACUGGUCGUCAGGUGCCAAAAUGACGCUGCACUCCCUGCUUCUGCUAGAGUCACAACAAGCCGACUAACUGACUCUACUGUUGUUCUAGAUGUAGUGGGUAGAACAAAGGAUGAAUCAAAGAUAAUAGAAAUGUUGUUAAGCCCGGCUGAAAGAGUUGUCUCUGUGAUUCCCGUGACCGGCAUGGGAGGAAUAGGAAAAACAACUUUGGCCAAAUCAGUCUACAAUAAUCCACAAAUUGGUCGUCACUUUGGAAAAAACAAAUUUUGGGUGUGUGUGGCUAGAAAAAUCGAAAUAAUGGAGCUCUUCAAAUUCAUUUUAGUACAAUUGACAGAAGAAGAAGUAAAAGUGGACGACAGGAAUGUUAUCGUUAAGAAAAUUGGAGAUAAGCUCGAGAGACAAAAAUAUUUCCUUGUCCUUGACGAUGUGUGGAAUCAUGAACAAGGAUUGUGGAAUGAAUUUUUUACCACUUUGGAGGGACUAAAUCCAACCAAAGGAAGCUGGUGUCUUGUCACUACUCGUGACGAACGUGUGGCUGAUGCUGUGUCUAAAAUUCUGAAGAUGAAUCAUCAUCCUCAUUGCUUAGAAAAGCUAUCAUAUGAUGAGUGUUGGUCUAUCUUGAGAAAAAUGGUACUGGCAGGGGAAGAAGUAUCACAGGAAUUGGAAGCAAUAAAGAUGCAAAUUUUAAGAAAAUGUAGUGGCCUACCUCUGGCAGCAAAGUUAAUUGGAGGCUUGUUGCUUAGCAAUGGAAAAGAGAAUUGGCAAUCUAUCGUGGACGAUAGUCUCUUGAAUGAAGACCAAGGCCAAAUCAAUCAAAUACUUAAGGUGAGCUUUGAUCAUUUAUCACCUCCAUCAGUUAAGAAAUGUUUUGCAUAUUGCGCAAUUUUUCCUCAGGACACUAAAUUGAGAGAAGAUGGACUAAUUCAGCAUUGGAUUGCAGAAGGUUUUGUUCUAAAGAAUAAUGGAGUGAUGGAGGAAACAGGAGGCGAGUAUUUGAGGAUUUUGUUGCAAAAUUCCUUGCUGGAAAAAGUCGAAGAGUCGUGGAGAACGUACUAUGAAAUGCACGAUCUUGUGCAUGAUUUUGCAAAAUCAAUUCUCAAUCCAAAAAGCAGCAAUCAGGAUCGCUACCUUGCAUUGAACUCUUCUGAAGGUUUGGCAGAAAAUACCACAAGGACAAUACCAACAUCAAUUCGCACGUUAUUUCUCCAUCUAGAAGGUGGCAUAUCUGCUGACAUGCUUUUAAGAUUCAAGUACUUGCAUGUUCUCAGAUUGUCUGGCGAUGAUGUCGAGUUUCUACCAAGCUCCAUUGGCAAACUACUACAUUUGCGGUUGCUCGACAUUUCAUCUUCUAGAAUCAAAAGUUUGCCAGAUUCUCUUUGCAAGCUAUAUAAUUUGCAGACACUAACGAUGAGCGAUGGUGCACUUAAAGGUGGUUUUCCAAAACGGAUGAGCGAUUUGAUUAGCUUGAGACAUCUAAAAUACUAUCAUUAUCAUAUAGAAUUUAAAAUGCCGAUGCAGAUGGGACGAUUGACUUGUCUUCAAACUCUAGAGUUCUUUAAUGUAAGCCAAGAGAAGGAUUGUGGUGUCGAACAGCUUGGGGCCUUGAAAUAUCUUAAAGGAUCGUUGCAUUUAAGAAAUCUUGGACUAGUAAAGGGCAAAGAAGCAGCUAAACAAGCAAAAUUGUUUGAAAAGCCAAAUCUAUCGUGUUUGGUGUUUGAAUGGGAGAGUAGGGAUCGGGAAAGUGAUAACCGUGAUGAGGAUGUGUUGGAAGGUCUCCAACCUCACCCAAAUUUGGAAAAGCUGAAAAUUGAUUCUUGUAUGGGUAAUAAAUUUCCGCAAUGGUUUAUCAAUUUGUCAAAAUUGGUGGAGUUGCGAAUACAAUUUUGUAGGAGAUCCAGUGAACUCCCCGCAUUAGGACAACUACCAUCCCUCAAACGUCUCUAUUUGAUAAGCUUGGACAACAUCCUAUCUGUUGGAGAUGAAUUCUACGGUAUUACUACUAAUGAGGAGGAGGGCAGAUCACGAGAAUCAGGCAGCAGCACUAGAAGACGAAAAUUCUUUCCUGUCCUUGAAGAACUCCGUGUAGCAGAUAUGUGGAAUUUGGUAGAGUGGAAGGAUGCAGACCAAGUGAGGUCAACAACAGGUGAAGGAGAAGUAGAUGCCUUUCCCAUGCUGAGGGAUUUUGGGAUUCAACGUUGCCCACAACUGACCACUCUUCCAUGCUCGAGCAAAAUUCUAGACGUGCGGGGUUGCGAUAAUCUAACAAGUAUAAAAACGGGUUACCGCACUGCUUCUGUUGAGGAGUUAAGAAUCACCUCUUGCUACAAUCUUAGGGAGCUGCCAGAAGAUGUGUUUGGAUCGAGAUUGCAGCGGCUGACCAUCUCAAUUUGCCCAAGACUAAUUUGUCUAGGAGUAAAUAGACAGAAAUGCCCCCUACCAUGUCUUAAGUGGUUGAGUAUUCAACAUUGCUAUGGGUUGACCACUAUACCCGACAAAAUGUUCGAGUCAUGCCCGUCUUUGCGGUACCUAUGGGUGGCGGACUGCCCGAAUCUGGUGUCAUUUUCGCUUAAUUUGCAGGAGACGCCUUCUCUCGAGGAAUUCAUCUUAAGAGCAUGUCCCAAAUUGAUCCCUCGUAGGUUCAAAGGAUUUGCUUUUGCGACCAGCUUAAGAGGAUUGAGCAUCAACAGUCCCUUCUCCUCAGAUAACUCCUCAAUCGAUGAUUUUGAUUGGUCUGGUUUAAGACAUGCAUCAACACUCCGUGAGCUUCGCUUAGAAGGGCUGCCUCACCCGGAGUCCCUGCCACACCAACUUCAAUACUUGACUACCCUCACUUCACUAAGUCUGGACAACUUUGGAGGUUUAGAAGCGCUACCAGAUUGGAUUGGAGACCUUGUGUCCCUUGAAACCCUAAAGCUAUGGUUUUGCAAAAAGCUUCAAUCUUUACCAUCCGAGGCCACCAUGAGACGCCUCACCAAGUUAACAAGUGUUGAAGUUUAUCGGUGUCCUCUAUUAAGACAACGAUACACUCCCCAAAGAGGCAUCUACUUGGCGGAGGAGAUUUCAAGUGAUCCUGCAAGCAGUGAGAGUGAAGAAGAAGAAAUCGAUGACAAUGAACUAGCAGGCAGAGAGGGUGAACAAAAAAGCAUUGAUAGUGCUGAAACAUCAGCUUCAUGGUGUUCCCCAUCGUUGUUGAAGAAGAAGAAGAGCUCAAGAGAGUCUUAGGAGGCAUAGCUUAAGUUAUUGGAGAAAGGACAGCAUCGUUUGUUGUUGCAUUUCUUACUAGAAUACCAAGGGACAGAAGUUAUUUUCAUUGACCAGACAGGGUUUGAAGAUGAUUUCAUUGACCAGACAGGGUUUGAAGAUGAAGGCAAUUAUCAAUGAUGUUUAUUAAGCUCAUUAGAUAUCAUUAGCUAUGAUGGAGGCUUCAUAAAUAGUUGGUUCUCCCCAAGUUUCUCAAACAUAAGUUUUUCAUCUUCUCCUACUCAGACUGCAGAAAGGAAGCAUGCUGAUUGCUGAACU